UAUAUAAAGCGUCGGUUUCUUCCCUACAAAGACUCAUUUGAACUUGCCACCGCAGAGCCAGAGCGCCAUAAAUAGUGCUGACAUGUGGCUGUGAUUUCACCAGAAGCAAAGGAAGGGUUAAAAAAAAAAAAAAAAAAGAAAGUCGGAUGCAAAGUGAACACAUAGAUUAUAGGAAAUUAAAGCCCGGCUGCUGGAUUACAGAGGCAUGAUUUCACCAGCAUAAGCAUCAAGAGGCCAGAUGGAGUGAGAACAAAUAUAUACUGUAUUUAUAUUUAUAUAUAUAAGCUCGCUCUGCUUUGAAAAGAGCAACAAUUAGAUUGAAUAUUUUUAAUCUGAGCAUCAUCAGCAUCUUUUGGAGCCCCUGCAAGCACUCCAGAGGAUGAAGUGUGACUGCAGCAGGUCAUCAGUGAUGGGAUCCACUGUGCUCAUGCGCCACAAUCUGGAUUUGCUUCUCAUCUCACUGCUCUGCACGUUCUGCCUGGCACAUGCAGACGAUGUCCUCACUAAAGAGGAGCAGAUAGCGCUACUGUUCAAAGCCAAGCGCAAGUGUGAAAGCAUCAUCAAGUCGAGACACAAAUUUCCCGAUGGCCACUGCGCGCCAGACUGGGAUGGCAUUGUGUGCUGGCCUGAAGGGGCUUCAGGAAAGCUGGUGUCCACUUCAUGCCCCGAGUACAUCUACGACUUCAACCAUCGAGGACGAGCUUACCGCCGCUGUGACAGCAACGGAACGUGGGAGAUCUCCACGGCCAACAACAAGACUUGGGCCAAUUACAGCGAAUGUGCUAAAUUCCUGUCCCAUUACAACCAGAGCCACGAGAAGGACGUCUUCCACCGCUUGUACCUCAUCUACACCGUGGGCUACUCCGUCUCACUGGGGUCUCUCGUGGUGGCGGUGGUCAUCUUGGGAUAUUUCCGACGACUGCAUUGCACCAGGAACUACAUCCACAUGCAUCUGUUCGUGUCCUACAUGCUGAGAGCUGUCAGCAUCUUCGUGAAGGAUGUGGUGCUCUACUCGGGCUCCGCCUUGGAGGUGGAAGAGCGCGUCACGGUGGAAGACCUCAAGUCCAUCACCGAGGCUCCCCCGGCCAACAAAGCCCACUUUAUUGGCUGCAAGGCGGCCGUCACCUUGUUCAUGUACUUCCUGGCCACCAAUUACUACUGGAUCCUGGUGGAAGGUCUGUACCUGCACAGCCUCAUCUUCAUGACCUUCUUCUCGGACCGAAAGUACCUAUGGGGAUUCACUCUGAUCGGAUGGGGCGUGCCAGCUAUUUUUGUGAGCAUCUGGGCGACAGUGAGGGCCACUUUUGCAGACACAGAGUGUUGGGAUUUAAGUGCGGGUAAUUUGAAAUGGAUAUAUCAGGUGCCUAUUCUGGCAGCUGUUGUGGUCAAUUUUAUCUUAUUUCUGAACAUCAUUAGAGUAUUGGCAACCAAACUGCGAGAGACCAACGCUGGCAGGUGCGACACGAGGCAGCAGUACAGGAAACUGCUGAAGUCCACGUUGGUGCUGAUGCCGUUGUUUGGUGUGCACUACAUCAUAUUCAACGCCAUGCCGUACACAGAAGUUUCCGGAAUCCCCUGGCAGAUCCAGAUGCACUACGAGAUGCUCUUCAACUCCUUCCAGGGCUUCCUUGUAGCAAUCAUAUACUGCUUUUGCAACGGGGAGGUUCAAGCGGAGAUCAAGAAGUCGUGGAGCAGGCGGACUCUGGCGUUGGACUUCAAGAGGAAGGCGCGCAGUGGCAGCAACACGUACAGCUACGGGCCCAUGGUGUCGCACACCAGCGUCACCAACGUCACCGCUAGGGCCCCACACGCUCUCCACCUCACCACCCGGCUGGGACCGGCGCCCGUCAACGGACACCGCAACCUGCCGGGAUACGUCAAGAACGGCUCCGUGUCUGAGAACUCGGCGCCCUCGUCGGGCCAGCAGGAGCUCCACGCCGCCGAGGAGCAGCGAGCUCCGCCUUUGCCGCCCAGCGAGGAAGAGGAGGAUAAGAAGCCUUCGCCUGUGGUGGAGGAGGAGAGAGAGACGGUCAUGUGACCUGUCACCGGGGACCCUCCUAAUAGCAGUGAAUGUCUGACAGUCUGAAAACAGACUGACAUUUUUUAUUAUUUUUUUUACGUUCUUUACAUCCACUGCCAUGGUGUUUUUGUGUAGACUGCAGUUACCAGGAAACAGCCUUAAUCCACCUCCAAGGAGACGUGCGAGGAUUUGGUUUAAAAAGACGAGAAAAAUGAAAGGAAAUUUGCUCAGCGUGUUUUUUUACUUUAAAUAUUAGGAAGCUUUUUUUUUUUUUGUCCAUUGUGAACAUUCCUGCUAAUUAUUGGUCUGAAUGUGUCAAGAAUCACCCCCCGACACCUGACUUUUUUGUUCCGCAACUUUCACAUUUUGUGUCGUCGCUUCUGUUGCAAGUGGACCAAAAACAAAAAAAAAAGAUUUAAAUGAUCCAGUGCAAUCAUGCUGCUUAUUGAUGUACAUACGAGUCACAAUGUUUACAAAGACUUGAUAAUUGUGAGCUAAAGUUGUCGUCUUUUUGCUAAUAUUUGUGUAUAUGUAUAUGUUUUUGUUGUUUGGGACCAUAUGUACAGACGAGCAUGUAGACAUUUCGCCUGAGAUCUUAAAAAGCUGCCGCUGCACUUACAGUACACUCCCGUCCAAAGGCAAAACCCAGUAACUCAAUUUUGGUCAAAACUGAGCUGAUAAUAAUUUUGGAGUUCUUAGGUGAUAUGCUUUACAUUAGUGUAUGCGAUAUUGUAAUUUGUUCCGUAAGUAAGCUGUUACGCGCAUGGCAGGACCUAGCAACUACCACAUAACCGCGUAGAUACAACAGAAAAACCUAGUAUCUCAAGGGACCAAUCGGAGGUAGAUACAACAGAAAAAGGGACCAAUCGGAGCUUCUUUGUCAGUCGCCUUAUUGUCUUUAAUGAGACAUUUGCACGAAUGGGGGCCGACGGUCAACCUGAUUAUGUGAUAUUAUGGCACGAGGGGAUAUUUGGAAGAUUGGCCCAGGACGUUGCAAGCACCUUCAUUAAAUGUGUUGUUCUUGAUUCUUCCCCUUGCAUACUCUUCUGGGCAGAUAACUGUGGAGGUCAAAAUAAAAACUGGACGCUGUACACGGCUCUUCUUGCCCAAUGUGCAAACGCAGAAUGGGCUCACUCGAGAUUGUGAUAAAAUAUCUGGAGAAAGGACACACGUUCAUGAGAGCAGAUUCAAUCGAUGGUUCAAUCGGAAAGAAAUUGAAAGCUCAAGAAAACAUCUAUACGUUUGAUGACUUGGUAGAUCUUUGUAAGGCAGCAUCAAGAUAGAUUGGUUUUCCUUUGUUUUCUCAAAAUCAGCUAGACGUGAGUUACUAGGUUUUGCCUUUGGACGGGAGUAAAUGGGAACUGCACUUUUUAUUUCUUUUUUUUUGCCUAUCAUUCAAAAUCUGUAUGCAAGACAUACGGUUUUCUUUUUUUUAUGCAUUCUAAAUAUCAAAUAAAUGCGAGCAAAAGUCAA